AUGCUUCUAGCUGACACCAGAGUCAGAUGGGAACAGCUCAAGGCAGGCCACCAAACGUACUCUCUUACGGGCACAGACGAACACGGAUUGAAAAUUCAAGGAGUUGCUGAAAAACAGAACAUCCCUCCAAAAGAAUUAGUGGACAAUGUAUCCCAGAACUUCAAACAUCUAGCACAUACCAUGAAGGUGGAUUACCUGAGGUUUAUAAGAACAACCGAUGCAGACCACGUGGAGGCAGUGAAACACUUCUGGAACGUUAUGAUGGAUAAGGGCCUUAUAUAUAAGGGAACCCAUAGCGGCUGGUACUGUGUGAGUGACGAGGCUUUCUACCCUGAACCUCAGACCGAAGAGGUGACCAAGGAUGGAAGAACGUAUAGGAUAUCCAAAGAAACGGGCAAUGAAGUGGUUUAUCAGGAAGAAGAGAACUACUUUUUUAAAUUGUCUGCGUACCAGGAGCAACUUAUCAAGUAUAUUGAGGAACAGCCCGGGUUCAUCCAGCCUGACCAUAAGAAGAAACAGAUCUUGGAAGAGUUGAGGUCGGAGCCUCUCCAGGACCUUUCGGUUUCUCGUCACACGUCGCGUCUUCAGUGGGGAAUUGAGGUUCCAAACGAUACUUCCCAGAAAGUGUAUGUGUGGUUUGACGCUCUUCUUAAUUACUUGACUGCUGCUGGGUACCCACAGGCAGACCUUAAAGCACAGAACAAUAUCUGGCCUGCUCACCAUGUCAUUGGUAAGGAUAUCAUGAGAUUCCACUGUAUAUAUUGGCCAAUUUUCCUUAUGGCUGCCGGAAUCGAAUUACCCAAGACCAUUUUUGUCCAUUCACACUGGCUUUGUGACGGCAAGAAGAUGAGCAAGAGCAUUGGCAAUGUCGUGGAUCCUUAUGCGAUGGCUGAACAUUAUGGCGUGGACCCAUUGAGGUUUUUCCUUAUGGAGCAGUCCAAUAUCAAUACCGAUAGUAACUUUAGUGAGAAUGGGUUCUACAACCAUAGAGCCAUGCUUCUUAACAAGUUUGCAAACUUGGCAUCCCGAGUGUGUGCUCCUAAAUUUGAAAUAGCCCAUGGAUUGAAGCAAGCACAGGCUGGAGAGUUUGAUAACAUCGAGGAGUUGUUACUGAACGACUCUGUAUCGCCUUUGGGCGCUGAGAAGACCAUUGAGUUAAGAAACGAGCUCAUGGCUGCUAUCAACGACCUCCAACAGCAAAUGGAUACCUCCCUCGCCCUGUUUGACCAUAUGAAAGCAUUGAAACAUUGGUGGAACGUCGUGGAGCUUGCCAAUGGCUGGUUCCAGGCCACAGAGCCAUGGGCAUAUAACAAGCACGUCAGCGACGAACCAUCCCAAGAAAGAACCAUCAGAAACUACUUGGUUUACCUUGCAGCGGAAGGAAUCAGAGUGACAACUCUCUGUGUCCAACCAUACAUGCCAGACUUGGCUGGAAAGAUCCUCGACCGUCUUGGAGUCCAGGAAACCAGACGAGCAUUGGACUACGCCCAAAUCGGCAAAGACUACGAGUACGGCAAAAACUCCAACCGCCAGCACAAAGAAAAGCACUUGGCCAGCAGCGACGACGAAAACGACGCAGGCAGCCGCCGUCCAAGAAGACAGGUUUCGUACUUGGAAGAUCUGGAUGAUGAUGCUUUUGACUCGGCAGAACAGCCCAAGGAUGAAAAAGAGCAACCUGUGAAGGCUGAAGACGAUGUGGAGCCUGAGGAGCCCGAGGAGCCUGAGUCUGCUCCUGAGGAAGAUGAUGCUAAGGAUGAGGAUUUUGAUGAGGAUGACGAGAUUCUCCCUGCAAAGAGACUGCGUUCGCUGAAUGUCAGACUGUCGAAACGUCUUAGGCGUUCUAGAGACGCUGGUGAGGACUCUGACUUUAAGGAAGACGAGCUUAGCGCCGAGUCCGAGAAUGAAAGUGACGCUUUUGAAGAAGACGAUGCGUAUCUUGAAAGGCUACGAGAAAAACAGUUUAUCGCUCCUGAGGAGGAUGGUGACGAGGACGGCUACUAUGGCUACUCGUCUACAAGCAAGAGCAGGCUGAGAAGGAAAGCAAAGUCUAGAUCUCGUUCUGCCGAGCCUAGACGUUCUAGAAAGCGUCUUACUCGUGCAGAAGAUGCUGAAGAUGAUGGUGAAGAACAGGAAGAGGAUAUUCGCCAGGAAAUCCAGGACUUGUAUGAUUCUUCUCCAGAUGAAGAGAGCCCGGUGAAACACAAACUUCGUGAGCGUGGCGAAAAGGUCGAUUACACGAUUCCUCCAGCCAUCACCAAUGAACACGAUCUAGACGCUUUGAGUGCUAGGUACGUGCAGCCUCCAAAGAGAAACAGAAGAAACGUGGGUAACAAGAGCGACUUCAGGAAAUUGCUCUUCCCUACAGCUGGACCUUUCGGUGGUAGCGAUGUGAUUUCUUUAUUGGGCCAAAACAUCCCUCCAGGUGGUAUUCCAAUUCCUGGUAUGCCUGCUGAUACUCGUAACAGUAUGAUCGCCGGAAACGAGUCUGACUCUUCAGAUGACGAGUUUGUGCCUUCUUCGGAUGCUGCUGCUCAACCAAGACCAUCAGUUAGUGGCUCGAUGGGUAAAAUGCCCUUGGCAGCCAAUAAUGCUCCCGUUGCUGCUCCUUCUGGUAUGCUCAAUAACACCAAGAUUGUUGGUGCUCAGUCCGUUGGAGAUAAGGGUAAGAAGAAGAGCAAUCUCAGUGAUACAGAUCCGUUGGGUGUUGACAUGAACAUCGACUUCUCUGCUGUGGGUGGUCUUGACGGUUACAUCGAUCAGCUUAAGGAAAUGGUUGCCUUGCCUCUUCUAUACCCUGAGUUGUACCAGAACUUUGCCAUCACUCCUCCUCGUGGUGUUUUAUUCCAUGGACCUCCAGGUACCGGUAAAACAUUGAUGGCCAGGGCCCUCGCUGCAAGCUGUUCGACUCCUUCCAGGAAAAUCACAUUCUUCAUGCGUAAAGGUGCUGACUGUUUGAGUAAAUGGGUUGGUGAAGCAGAAAGACAAUUGAGGUUGCUUUUUGAAGAAGCCAAGAACCAACAACCAUCCAUUAUUUUCUUUGAUGAGAUUGAUGGUUUGGCACCCGUUCGUUCUUCUAAGCAAGAGCAGAUCCACGCCAGUAUUGUGUCCACUUUGCUUGCACUUAUGGACGGUAUGGACAACAGAGGUCAAGUCAUUGUCAUUGGUGCUACCAACAGACCUGACUCUGUUGAUCCAGCUUUGAGAAGACCUGGCCGUUUUGAUAGAGAGUUCUACUUCCCACUUCCCGACUUGGAUGCCAGAAAGCAAAUCCUACAGAUUCACACCCGUAAAUGGGAACCUCCAUUAUCGCCAGUAUUUGUUGAUAAAGUUGCUGGACUCACAAAGGGAUACGGAGGUGCUGAUUUGAGAGCUCUUUGUACCGAAGCCGCCUUGAAUUCCAUCCAGAGAAAGUACCCACAGAUUUACAAGUCUUCUGAUAAACUUAAGGUUGAUCCUACUAAGGUCAAGGUUAUUGCGAAGGAUUUUAUGAGAGCGGUUGACAAGAUUGUUCCAUCUAGUGCUAGAUCAUCUUCCACUGGUUCUGCACCACUUCCAGAGCGUUUACGCCCAUUACUUAAAGAUUCGCUUGAUGACAUCGUUUCGAAAUUGGAGACCUUGCUCCCUGACUCCAUCAGCAUCGGUGGGAAGAAAAAACUUACAAACCUUGAGGAGGCCAUGUACUUGGAUCCUACUAUUCAUGAUGCAGAUGGUGGCUUCUCUAAGCAAGAACUUCUAAAGAGUUUAGAAAACUCAAGAAUCUGCAAACCACAUUUACUUAUAAGUGGUGCGGCAGGAGCUGGUCAGCAAUAUCUUGGUGCUGCCAUUCUUAAGAUCUUGGAAGGCUUCCAGGUGCAAAACUUGGACCUUGCAACCAUUUUUGGAGACGUGACGAAGACUCCCGAGCUGUGCAUUGUACAAACAUUCAUUGAGGCCAGAAGACAUCAGCCUUCGAUUAUUUUCAUUCCCAACAUUGACACAUGGUUUGAUGUCAUGACCCAUUCUGCAAAGGCCACGCUCGCCGGUUUGCUUCGAAACUUGAAGAGCACUGAGAAGAUCUUGUUGCUUGGAAUGGCUGAAAGGCCGUUUAGAGACUUGGAUAGUGAUAUCAAGUACACUCUUGGUAUUCUGGGUGAUAACAAUAACGUACACUUGGAGAAUCCUAGUGACGAAGCAAGAAGGGGCUUCCUCAAAACCGUGGAGGAUGCAUUACACAUGAAGCCUCAUGAGUUCCUCAACGACUUGAGCAAUAGACCCAAGAGAAAGCUCAAGCAGCUUCCUGUGGUGCCUCAGGAAACACAAGUGGGUGCACUGUUGGGUAAAAAACGUGACAAGCAACAAGAGUAUGAAGAUAAGAGACUUAAAAACUUGUUGAAGAUUAAGCUUGCAGGUUUGAUGGAUCUCUUCAAGAACCGUUACAAGCGUUUCAGAAAGCCCAUCAUUGAUGAGAGCUAUUUACAUCAUUUAUUCGAACCUUCCAUCCUACAGAAUCCAAUGAUCACUUAUGAAGUGGCUUAUAUUAUUUCUGAAGAUCCAGAGCAUCCUAAUAUGAUCAAAGAAUUGAAUACCGGAAAGUUCUUCUUCAAUAUGGACUUGGAUACUAUAGAGGAAAGAAUUUGGAAUGGAUUCUACUCGGAAGCUAAGCAGUUCCUCAAAGAUGUCAGAAUGAUUGUUAAGGAUGCUGUGAACUCUGGUGACAGAGAGAGAAUUCUCAAGGCUAAUGAAAUGAUGACUAACGCUCAGUUUGGUAUUGAUGACUUCAACAAUCCUGAAUUCGCCAAGGCCUGUAAAGACCUUAGGGUCAGAGAAAUUGCAAAGCAAGCCAAGCUUGUUGAAGAAUACAAGAAGCUCCUGGCCGAAUUCCAGAAGCAGCAGGAAGAAAAUGCUCAAAGCGUCGAGGUCAUCGAGAAUGAUCUCAAUGGUCCAGAACUGGUUCAACUUCUAGAGACUACCGAGCCUCCUAAAGCUCUCGAUUCUAAUGGCCACGCUGCAGAAGAACCAAAGGUUGAAGAGAAGGUAGAGAAUGGUGAUGCUACGGAACAAAAACCCACAGAAGAACAGCCUGAGCCUCAAGCCAUCGCUGAAACCUCUGAACCUACCAAAGAGGAUGCCAUGGAAGUUGAUCAGUCGCCCAAACUGCAAAAAGUGGUUCCUUACUCGGCGCCAGUUGAGCACUCAGAAAGCGAAUCUGAGGCUGAAGACGAGGUCAACAUCGACACCAGCCGCCAGUUGAUAGUACCUCCUGACGCCAAAACUUUCUUCGAAGAGCACAUGGUACAAUCCACCCGUGGGUUCACCGUUGAACAACUCGAGGUCACCAUGGCCAAGCUCAUGGAAAUCGUCUGGGCAGACCGUUCUGAAUGGGACAAGACCGCUACAGUGGAAAAGCUCAAGCAUUUCGCCACAAACUUGAUUGGCUACGUCUAA